AUGAAGAGUCUUCCAAUCCUCCUGUCACUAAGUGUGGCAGUUUGCUCAGCCUAUCCAUUGGAUGGAACUGCAAGGGGCGAGGACGACAGCAUGGACUUUGUUCAGCAAUACCUAGAAAACUACUACAACCUUGCAAAAGAUGUGAAACAAUUUGUCAGAAGAAAGGACAGUGGUCCUGUUGUUAAAAAAAUCCAAGAAAUGCAGAAGUUCCUUGGGUUGAAGGUGACGGGGAAGCUGGACUCCAGCACCCUGGAGGUGAUGCAUAAGCCCAGGUGUGGAUUUCCUGACGUUGGUCACUUCAGUACCUUUCCUGGGACACCGAAGUGGAUGAAAACUCACCUUACUUACAGGAUUGUGAAUUAUACACAAGAUUUACCAAAAGAUGAUGUUGAUUCUGCCAUGGAGAAAGCUCUGAAAGUCUGGGAGGAGGUGACUCCACUUACAUUCUCCAGGAUUUAUCAAGGAGAGGCUGACAUAAUGAUCUCUUUUGCAGUUGGAGAACAUGGCGACUUUGCCGCUUUUGAUGGACCUGGAAAAGUUUUGGCUCAUGCAUAUGCACCGGGGCCGGGGAUUAAUGGAGAUGCUCACUUUGAUGAUGAUGAACAAUGGACAAAGGAUACGAAAGGAGCCAAUUUAUUCCUCAUUGCUGCUCAUGAACUUGGCCACUCCCUGGGUCUAUACCACUCAGCCAACACUGACGCUUUGAUGUACCCACUCUACAACCCACUCACAGACCUGGCCCGGUUCCGCCUUUCUCAAGAUGAUGUGAAUGGCAUCCAGUCCCUCUAUGGACCUCCCCCUGCCUCCCCUGAUGACCCUGUGGUGCCCACGGAAUCUGUCCCUCCAGGACCUGAGACGCCCACCAUGUGUGAUCCUGCUCUGUCCUUCGAUGCAGUCAGCACUCUGAGGGGAGAAACGCUGUUCUUUAAAGACAGGCAUUUUUGGCGCAAAUCCUUCAGGACACUGGAACCUGAAUUUGAUUUGAUCUCUUCGUUCUGGCCAUCUCUUCCUUCAGGAGUGGAUGCUGCAUACGAAGUUACUAGCAAGGAUACUGUUUUCAUUUUUAAAGGAAAUCAGUUCUGGGCCAUCAGAGGAAAUGAAAUACAAGCAGGUUACCCAAGAGACAUUCACACCCUGGGUUUUCCUCCAACCGUAAGGAAAAUUGAUGCAGCCAUUUCUGAUAAGGAAAAGAAGAAAACAUAUUUCUUUGUAGAGGACAAAUACUGGAGAUUUGAUGAGAGGAGAUGGUCCAUGGAGCCAGGCUUUCCCAAGCAAAUAGCAGAAGACUUUCCAGGGGUGGACUCGAAGGUUGAUGCUGUUUUUGAAGCAUUUGGGUUUUUCUAUUUCUUCAGUGGAUCUUCACAGUUGGAGUUUGACCCAAAUGCAAAGAAAGUGACACGUGUUUUGAAGAGUAACAGCUGGUUUAAUUGUUAGGAGAGAUGUGUAGAAGGCACAAUAUGGGCAUUUUAAAUGAAGCUGCUAAGUCUUCACCUAAGCCACGGUGAAUUGAAAUCGUUCGUUUUCAGCUGCAUGUACUGUGACGGAGGACUCGCGUGUCAACUGCGUACCUUGCCGGUCAUCUUCAUGGUGUGACAGGGCAUCAGAUGGGCUGCUGCUUAGCUUGCACUUUGCCACAUGGAGUGGACUUCCACAAGAGAAGAGGGAAGCACUAGCG